AUCUCGUUAAUUUUCCGGGAAGACAGGAAGCCUCCAAGGCCGAUCGGCAGGAAACCCAACACCACAAAUAUCCACACAUCUUCAGAGUCCUCCACAGACAUCUGGCCUGUCCCGGAGGGGCAUCCAAGAGCCCCUUCUCCCAUUCUCAUCGUUGAAAAAAUUUCAUCAACCGCGUUGAGUGACCAACUGACGAGAACCAUUUAAGUGAAUUUCAGUUUCCAGAAAAAAUGCAGAUGCAGCCGUGCACCCAACACGCAUAGACAGACAAAGGCCUUGAGGACAAGACAUGGAGGAGAGGAGAAGAAAAGCGUCUGCACCCUCCAAGAGCCGGAAGAAGAGAAUUUCAGGUCAUUCUAAACAUUAUACUAUAGUAAGUGCAUUUUAAUACUAUAUCUGGUAAUUCUGAACAAUAUACUAUAAAGUGUGUAUUUUAAUACUUUUUCAGGUCAAUCUAAACAUUAUACUGUAGUAUGUGUAUUUCAAUGCUAUUUCAGGUCAUUCUAAACAUUAUACUAUAGUAUGUAUAUUUUAAUGCUAUUUCAGGUAAUUCUAAACAAUAUACUAUAGUGUGUGUAUUUUAAUACUGUGUGAGGUCACUCUGAAAAUUAUACUAUGUGUAUUUUAGUACUAAAUCUGGUCAUUCUAAACAUUAUACUAUAGUAUGUGUAUUUUAAUGCUAUUUCAGGUAAUUUGAAACAAUAUACUACAGCGUGUGUAUUUUCAUACUUUUUCAGGUCAUUCUAAACAUUAUACUAUAGUAUAUGUAUUUUAAUGCUAUAUCAGGUCAUUCUAAACAUUAUACUAUAGUAUGUGUAGGGGUUUCCUAUUCAGCUUCCAUUAAUUUUUUAACAAAUUAAAGGACCUGUUACUUCUGUACAAUGGCUUUAAAGUAAAUUAUCAUUUGACCUCUCAUUCUACAGACUAAAAAUGAAUUUAAACUUCAAAUGCUAUUUUGCCAGUGGAAAUAUGAAACACAGACCCAGCUAUAUGCAGUUUGCUGAAAUGAAAAACAUGCAGAUGCAACUUUUCAAUCUGCAACAGGAAGUCACAAAAGUCCAAGCCAUUGGAGAUGACUCCCAGGUGGGAGGGGCUCAACCCCUGUGCUCCGCUGAUUUGCCUCCAGAUAAGAUGGAAACGCUACAACCGGAUGUACUGAUUGGCUCUGAACUACAGGAAACACACAACAUGUCCCAUAUCGCUCCAUCCACAUUGAUGAGAAGUGCAACCUCCACGGAUAGUGGCCCGGCACCCCUGGUGUCGAGCCUGACGAACUACUGUUGGGACCUCUCCUGCCACAGGGUGUGUUCUUCUAAGACUCUGCUCCAAUUCACGAUCGGUCCCGUGAGCUUGACACACCCCGUGUACAUCUGUGAGAGUGGAGCCAUGCCUUUGCUCAUUGGCAUCGAUGUUUUGAAGUGCUUUGAUGCUUUUAUCGAUAUUGGGGAACUGAAGGUAGGUGUUAGAAAACCUCUGCCAUUCACUCCACCUUCUUUCCCCGACUCACGCUGCCUUGCGGUAGGUGAUUCUGAGCAUGGGGGAACCGCAUGCUCACUGCCGAGCUCAAAGCCAUCAGAGACUCCCUCUGAUGUUUUUUCUCAGAUUGAACAGGUUGUGGACCAAGCAGAUGCUCUUACCAACGAUGUCGAGCGAGACAAACACUGACAACUUUUGUUAAAAUACAAAGAUUUUCUUUCACUCGACUCCUUGGACUGUGAUCUAACCACUAUCCAUGAGGUCAGGAUUCCUACACUGCCACAUGCUGCGCCGAAUUUUGUGCGUCCAUACAAGAUUCCCCUGGCAUCCAACGGGCCAGUCCAGGAAAUCAUUGAAAGCGUCGUGACUAAAGGGAUCAUCCGACCCUGCAACAGCACCUACUCGGCUCCAUUGUGGCCAGUAAAGAAGCCUAAUGGUAAGUGGCGACUAACCAUUUACUACAGGCAACUCAACAAACAGGUUCCCUUGUCUAGGUAGCCGAUGGCGUGCCUGGAACAAGAACUCUCAAAAGUGAAAUACGCUAAAUACUUCUCCACCCUUGACAUUGCGUCUGGAUUCUGGACAAUUCCUGUCCAUAAAUCGGACCAACACAAACUAGCCUUCUCCUUUGCCAACUGCCAGUACACCUUAACUCGGUGUCCUUUCGGUUAUUCCAACUCACCAGCUGAGUUCAACAUCUUCUUGGACAAAGCCUGCCCUGAUGCUCGAGAGCGAGGUACCCUCAUCUAUGUCGACGACAAUCUUGUUCGUAAUCGUACCUUGGAUGAUAAACAUGUGUAUUUUAAAACUAUUUCAGGUCAGUCUAAACAUUAUAUUAUCGAAUGUGUAUUUGUAAUGGUUUUUCUGGUCAUUCUAAACGUUCUACUAUAGUAUAUGUAUUUUAAUACCAUUUCAAGUCAUUCUAAAGAAUAUACUAUAGUAUGUGUAUUUUCAAACGAUUUCAGAUCAUUCUAAAUAUUACACUAUAGAAUGUGUAUUAAAAUACUAUGUGAGGUCAUUCUAAACAUUGUACUAUAAUAUGUGUAUUUUAAAACCAUUUCAGGUCAUUCUAAAGAUUAUACUAUAGUAUAUGUAUUUUAAAACUUUUUCUGGUCAUUCUAAAGGUUUUACUAUAGUAGUGUAUUUUAAAACUAUUUGUGGUCAUUCUAAACAUUAUACCAUAGUAUGUGUAUUUGAAUACUUUUUCAGGUCGUUCUAAACAUACUAUAGUAUACUGGGAUAGGAGACAGAGUUGAGUUGCCAUAUUGACGGAACAUUCCACAUAUCUUCUGAGGUUUUUUUUUUAUGUUUUAGCCUUGCAGACUCAAGGGCGCCAGAUUCCGAUUAGAAAUUGUUUUGGGGCCAGACAGAGAUAAUUUCCUCUCUGUCUUACAGUUUGUUGGUCCUCAACCUGUGAAAAUCCCAGUAAUGGACCUUAAACUAUCCCAAUCCGUGCUGAUUCGUCCACUCUAUCCUUCAUGGCAUCCAUCUUCUGUGCCAAUGAAUGAAUCCCGGCCAAAGUUCCAAGCUUAUGAUUCAUCUUGACAAUUAUGUGAGUCUUUGAAUUCACAGCGCGGUGCAAGCCAUCUCUGAGUUCGGGGAUCAGGCCAAUAUUCCUCUACAGCUCGUUAAUUUUCCGGGAAGACAGGAAGCCUCCAAGGCCGAACGGCAGGAAACCCAACACCACAAAUAUCCACACAUCUUCAGAGUCCUCCACAGACAUCUGGCCUGUCCCGGAGGGGCAUCCAAGAGCCCCUUCUCCCGUUCUCAUCGUUGAAAAAAUUUCAUCAACCGCGUUGAGUGACCAACUGACGAGAUCCAUUUAAGUGAAUUUCAGUUUCCAGAAAAAAUGCAGAUGCAGCCGUGCACCCAACACGCAUAGACAGACAAAGGCCUUGAGGACAAGACAUGGAGGAGAGAAGAAAAGCGUCUGCACCCUCCAAGAGCCGGAAGAAGAGAAUUUCAGGUCAUUCUAAACAUUAUACUAUAGUAAGUGCAUUUUAAUACUAUAUCUGGUAAUUCUGAACAAUAUACUAUAAAGUGUGUAUUUUAAUACUUUUUCAGGUCAUUCUAAACAUUAUACUGUAGUAUGUGUAUUUCAAUGCUAUUUCAGGUCAUUCUAAACAUUAUACUAUAGUAUGUAUAUUUUAAUGCUCUUUCAGGUAAUUCUAAACAAUAUACUAUAGUGUGUGUAUUUUAAUACAAUGUGAGGUCACUCUGAAAAUUAUACUAUAAUAUGUGUAUUUUAGUACUAAAUCUGGUCAUUCUAAACAUUAUACUAUAGUAUGUGUAUUUUAAUGCUAUUUCAGGUAAUUUGAAACAAUAUACUACAGCGUGUGUAUUUUCAUACUUUUUCAGGUCAUUCUAAACAUUAUACUAUAGUAUAUGUAUUUUAAUGCUAUAUCAGGUCAUUCUAAACAUUAUACUAUAGUAUGUGUAGGGGUUUCCUAUUCAGCUUCCAUUAAUUUUUUAACAAAUUAAAGGACCUGUUACUUCUGUACAAUGGCUUUAAAGUAAAUUAUCAUUUGACUUCUCUCAUUCUACAGACUAAAAAUGAAUUUAAACUUCAAAUGCUAUUUUGCCAGUGGAAAUAUGAAACACAGACCCAGCUAUAUGCAGUUUGCUGAAAUGAAAAACAUGCAGAUGCAACUUUUCAAUCUGCAACAGGAAGUCACAAAAGUCCAAGCCAUUGGAGAUGACUCCCAGGUGGGAGGGGCUCAACCCCUGUGCUCCGCUGAUUUGCCUCCAGAUAAGAUGGAAACGCUACAACCGGAUGUACUGAUUGGCUCUGAACUA